UAAUUAAAUAAAAUAGUUUCUAUUUGGCAGUAAAAUCAUCUGCGAUGCAACCCAAACCCCUGGUGGUGUAUGUAUAGCUGCGUGUAUUUCUCCAAUCAAGGAAAUGGUUUUAUGAGAAGCCCCAAUUCGCCGGCGCUGGAGUUAUGUCAUCGGUAGUCGAGUACAACGAUCGCGCCAUUUUAUUGCGCUCCAAUUCCUCGGGUUCCGACGGCGAUCUGGAACGCGGCGGCGGCUCCCAAUCCCCGGCGAGGAACAGUAGCAGCGCCAGCAAUAAGGGGCGUUUCGCGUCGGAUCUGUUGAAGCGUUUGGAUCGCGGGCUGACGGGUUCGGGCCGCAGAUUGAGCGUCAAGCUCCGACCGGAUAGUGAUCAUCACCGCCUCUCCUCUUCUUCCCCUUCUUCUCCGUUGCCCUCAGAUCACGGCGUUAGUGCUAAUGCGGCCGCCGGAGAUGACUUUCUCGGUGACAGUGCACCGCCAGAGUGGGCUUUGUUGCUCAUCGGGUGCCUACUCGGUGUUGCUACGGGCCUUUUUGUCGCCGGUUUUAACCGUGGGGUACAUGUAAUACACGAAUGGGCAUGGGCUGGUACCCCAAAUGAAGGUGCUGCUUGGCUCCGGUUACAAAGGCUAGCGGAUACGUGGCACCGAAUACUUUUGAUACCAGUCUUGGGUGGAGUUGUUGUGGGUGUUUUGCACGGCCUUCUUGAAAUACUGAGUCAAAUUAAGCCGUCAACUUCUUCUCAAGGACAAGGCUUGGAUGUGCUUGCUGCAAUCUUCCCCAUAGUGAAGGCAAUCCAGGCUGCUGUAACUUUGGGAACUGGUGGUUCUCUAGGUCCUGAAGGCCCGAGUGUUGAUAUUGGAAAAUCAUGUGCUAAUGGAUUCUCGGUGACGAUGGAGAACAACAGGGAAAGGAAAAUUGCUCUUGUUGCUGCUGGAGCAGCUGCUGGAAUUGCUUCAGGUUUCAAUGCAGCUGUUGCUGGAUGUUUCUUUGCUAUUGAAACAGUUUUGAGGCCACUCCGUGCUGAAAACUCUCCUCCAUUUACAACGGCGAUGAUUAUUUUGGCCUCUGUGGUCUCGUCUACUGUAUCAAAUGCUGUUCUUGGCGAAAAACAGGCUUUCACAGUGCCCACGUAUGAUUUGAAAUCUGCUGCUGAGCUACCUUUGUACCUUAUACUGGGGAUGCUAUGCGGAGUAGUGAGCGUGGCUUUCACUCGCUUGUUGGAUUGGUUCACCGACGCAUUUCAGUUUAUGAAAGAAAAAUUUGGGAUUCCAGAUGUGGUAUGUCCUGCUUUAGGAGGUCUAGGAGCUGGGUUAAUAGCUCUCAAGUAUCCCGGAAUAUUGUAUUGGGGUUUUACUAACGUCGAUGAAAUAUUACAUACUGGAAAGACUGCAUCGGCUCCAAGUAUCUGGCUUGUAGCUCAAUUAGCUGCAGCAAAAGUUGUGGCCACUACUCUAUGUAAGGGAUCUGGCCUUGUCGGGGGUUUGUACGCACCAAGUUUGAUGAUUGGUGCUGCUGUUGGUGCUGUAUUUGGGGGCUGUGCUGGUGAGCUUAUCAACACGGCUAUUCCAGGAAAUGCUGCUAUCGCUGAGCCACAGGCUUAUGCAUUGGUGGGAAUGGCUGCAACUUUAGCUUCUGUCUGUUCAGUACCUUUGACAUCAGUGCUUCUUCUCUUUGAGCUGACUCGAGACUAUAGAAUUUUGCUUCCCCUCAUGGGGGCAGUUGGAUUAGCAAUAUGGGUGCCUUCUGUAACAACUCAGCCCAAGGAGACAGAGGUAUCAGAUACGAAGAAUUCUCCACAUGGUUACUCUGUUGUUUCACCAUCUGAAGACAAAAAUGAGGAUAUUCGGAUACAAAACGGUGAAAGGGAUGAUAUAGAACUCACAGUUAUCAGAAACUUCAGUGACUAUCAACCAAUAGAUAUUGACAUUUUGCUGGAAAAUAUGAAAGUUUCUCAGGCUAUGUCAGACAACUAUGUGAAGGUUUCUCUGACACAAACUCUGAGAGAUGCACUAAACCGCAUGCGUGAUGGUCAACAGAAUUGUAUCCUUGUUGUUGACUCUGAAGAUUCUUUGGAAGGAAUUUUGACCGAUGGGGACAUAAAACGGUGCUUAUCCAAAAGAUAUGUUGCUGAUACUUCUUCUUCCAACAGCAAUUACACAGAUGCAAAUACGUGCACUGUUUCCUCUAUUUUCAACCGUGGGAUGACCUUUCGUGGGCGAGAACGUGGGCCGUUGAUUUGUUAUCCAGAUACAGAUCUGGCAAUGGCGAAGCAGCUUAUGGAGGCCAAGGGAAUCAAACAAUUGCCCGUCUUAAAACGUGCUGAAAGUUCUCAAAGAGAGCAAAAAAGACGCAGAAUUGUGGCUAUUCUUUAUUAUGACUCGAUCUGGAAUUGUCUCAGAGAUGAACUUAAUCAUCGAAAGUUAUUGAGCCAGCAGAUAGAAGAUGAUUCUGGGAAGAUUGUAGCAUACACAUGACGUGAAACCAUUGAAAUUAAUCUAUAAGGCAUCAAUUAGUUUCCACAGUGCCUACCUGCCUGGGUGAAGAAGCGACUCAAGUUCGAAAAUCACACCUGGGAAUUUUACAAAGUCGAGGAUUAAAUUUACAGGAAAAGAAUUGAUAUUUCAACACUUGCCUUCAAAAUGUAAUGUAGCACGAGCCUCUUGUACGCGAUAUUUUCUGGCAAUUGAACAAAAAAAAAGUAUCGUAUCGGUGGCUUUAGAGGAAAUCACAUAUAGAGUCUGUAAUCAAGAUAUAUAUUAUAUACAUACGAUAAUUUUGGCAACGAAAUUUAAAGGUUCUUGCAUUGACCAUCAGUGAAAUAUCUUGCCUGUAUAAAAUCCCAUGUCAAUAUUAUUGUGCCGAGUUUUUC